AUUGCUGUCCAAAAUGGCCAAAGCCUUGGGUCGGACUGAAGACGUAAAACGUUAUGGAGAUCUCCACCAGAAUAUUGCAAACGCUUUUGUAAAGGCUUUUGUCAAUACAACUGACGGUCGUAUGAAAGGCGACACUCAAACUGAUUAUGUGAUCGCAAUUGCAUUUGAAAUGUUGCCCAAAAAUCUUCAACCGUUGGCCGCAAAUCAUUUGGUGGACAAUAUUAAAGCACAUGAUUAUCAUCUGACCACUGGUUUUAUAGGUGUGGGCCAUUUAUGUCCAACACUCACUCAAUUUGGUCACUCGGAUGUGGCGUAUCGUCUACUACUGCAGGACACGUACCCCUCGUGGGGCUAUAGUAUUAAAUAUAACGCCACCACUAUAUGGGAGCGAUGGGACGGUUGGACCAAAGAGAAG